AUGACCGAACUGGAGACAGCCAUGGGCAUGAUUAUUAACGUCUUCGCCCGCUAUGCGGGUGUGGAGGGCAACAAGCAGAGCCUGACCAAGGCGGAGCUGAAGGUGCUCAUGGAGAAGGAGCUCCCGGGCUUCCUGCAGACUAAAAGGGACAGGGACGCCGUGGACAAACUGCUUAAGGACCUGGACGCCAACGGCGACGCCGAGGUGGACUUCAACGAGUUCAUCGUGUUUGUGGCCAUGCUCACGGCCGCCUGCCACAAGUUCUUUGAGCGGAAGGGGCUCCCCUGA